UGGCUUUGGGGUGUAUGCCACGUAUGUGCCUUAUGUGUAGGCUUUACCGGUAAACCCUCCAUCCUCCAUCGAUUACGAUUUGUGCCUCCCUCCACUUUCCUUCAUAAUCAUAGAUAAGAUAAAAGUUCUGUGUGGCAUUCUUUGCACAGGGUACAGAAUUCAAUUGUUUCAUCGGUCAAGUCGUUUUAUUAUAAAAGAAAAGACACACACAUUAUACUACAUAAUUCUUAGAACAGAAAUAAAAUGGAGAAAAUCGCAAUUUUUGGUGCAACCGGCAUGACCGGUUUAUGUGUAAUAGAGGCAGCUCUAAAUAAAGGCUUAAAACCGAAAAUCCUUGUCAGAGACUCAUCCAAAGUACCCGAUGGCCCUAAAACCCAACUAGGAAUCAUUGAAGGCAACGUUUUAAACUAUCCUGAUGUUCUUAAGACUGUUCAGGACACUAAUGGUGUGAUAGUCACUCUGGGAACUAGAAAUAGUCUUGAGCCGACUACUGACAUGAGUGAUGGCCUUAAAAAUAUCAUUAGGGCAAUGAAAGAGUGUAAUAUUGAGGUUAUAUCAGUCUGUUUAUCAGCUUUUCUAUUUCAUGACCCUGGAAGUAGUAAAGUCCCAGCCAUUUUCCAUGAUGUCACUGCUGAUCAUAAAAGAAUGUUUGAUUUGUUAAUGGAGUCUGGUUUGAAGUAUGUUGCAGCAUUUCCUCCACAUAUUGCUGAUGAACCAGCAAGAGGUUACCAAGUAGAACAUGACAAAUAUAUCAGUAGAGUUAUAACAAAGUAUGAUCUUGGCCAGUUUCUGGUGGACUCUUUGACAUUACCAGAGCAUUUUGGACACAUUAUUGGACUGGCAUCCAAAUAAAUAUUGUUUAUUUUUAAUGCUAUAUAAUUAUAUCAUACAUACCUACCUAAUAUUUAUCCCAAGACCAAAAUUAUUGCCACUAGCAAGGCUAUAUUAUAAGUAAGUGGCAUUGUAAUAAAGAUGAGAAUGUGUAACUUGUCAAGUUGCCAAUACUAAUGCUUCAUAAAAAUUGCACAUAAUGUGGUUUAAGUCAUUGACAAUAAUUUUGUUCUUGGGGUACCUAUACUUAUUAUAAAUAGUAUUAUUUCAUCAAAUUCUCAACUGUUUAUAAGUACCUAUGUACCUUAUUUAUUAUACUUGUGCAUUUAUUUACUGUUAGUUCGAACAAGCUCCUUUUUCAUUAUGUACCUAUGUGCCAAUCCAGAAUAAACAGCAACUUUAUGAUUUUUUUUUAUGUGUUUAAUUGUGUAAAUGGCUGGUUUAUACAACAUUUGCAUAGUCGUAAUCAUAAUCAUAGUCUUAGUCUUAGUCUUAAUC